UCCACAUUGUGAUCAUAUUACACCUACCUUCUAACUCUUUCAAUCAUUAAAUUAUUUUUUACCAAAAUUCAAACCCAAAAAUAUGAGGUUCCGUUUAUAUUUUUUAAGCAUUUUCAUUUUAUGCAUUAUUGCAUGGACGCCUUUGUGUUCUUGCAAUGAUACCAUUUUCAAAUGCCUAAACCGCCAUUCAAAUCCAUCUCACCCAAUUUCUUCCGUCAUUUACACCCCAAACAACUCUUCAUAUUCAUCUGUUUUUCAAAAAUAUUUAAGAAACUUGAGGUUUAAUAAAUCUUAUAUCAGAAAACCUCUUUUUAUUGUGGCAGCCACAAACAUCUCACACAUCCAAUUGUCAAUAUUAUGCGCCAAAGAGCAUGACCUUCAAAUGAAAAUCCGAAGUGGGGGCCAUGAUUAUGAGGGUUUGUCAUAUGUCUCAAAUAUGCCAUUCUUUAUCCUUGACAUGUUCAAUUUUCGAUCCGUCAAUGUUAGCAUUGAGGAUGAGACUGCUUGGGUUGAGCCUGGAGCCAUCUUAGGGGAAGUUUACUAUGCAAUUGCAAAUAAGAGCAAUAUUGUGCAUGGCUUUCCAGCGGGUGUGUGCCCAACCGUUGGAGUGGGUGGCCAUAUUAGUGGCGGCGGAUAUGGAAAUAUGAUGAGAAAAUACGGUCUCACGGUGGAUAACAUCAUUGAUGCUAAAUUGGUUGAUGUUAACGGUCAUCUUCUUGAUCGAAAAUCUAUGGGGGAGGACUUGUUUUGGGCCAUCACGGGUGCUGGCGGAUCACGGAAUCCCAAUGUCGCAUCAUACAAAAUAAAACUAGUACGCGUCCCGCCUAGAGUGACGGUCUUCAGAGUCACAAGAACCUACGACCAGAACGCUACCAACAUCGUCUAUCGCCACCAACACGUCUCCAGCAAGCUAGACAAGAACGUUUUCAUCCGUCACUCACUUGGGGUUGCCAAUAGCACGACACAGCAUCCGGGAGAUAAAACCAUCAUAAGCGCCACCUUCUUCGCCCUUUUCCUAGGAGACUCGAAAACACUUCUCUCCACCAUGAAUGAAAACUUCCCGGAGCUCGGGUUAACAAAGGAUGAGUGCACAGAAAUGACAUGGAUAGAAUCAGUACUCUUCUACACACAAUUCCCACCAGGAACCCCAAAGGAGGCCUUGCUCAAUAGGUCCCCACAAGGAAAUGAGUACACCAACACAUACUUUAAGAUAAAAUCAGAUUAUCUUCAAACCCCAAUGCCCAAGGACGGCAUAGAGAUCAUAUUCAAUAAAAUAGUGGAGUUCGAGAGAGUGACGUUGACGUUCAACCCAUACGGUGGGAGGAUGGCGGAGAUUCCAUCGACGGCGAAACCCUUUCCCCAUCGAUUGGGAAACAUCGCUUUGAUUCAGUACGCAAUCUGGUGGAACAAAGAGGAGGAUGAGAAGGCGGCGGGGCGCUACAUAGAGUUGACAAGACAAUUCUAUGAAUGUAUGACUCCUUUUGUUUCGAGGAAUCCUAGGAGGGCGUUUUUGAACUACAGAGACACAGAUUUGGGAAUCAACCACAAUGGACCGGAAAGUUACUCAGAAGGAAAGGAGUAUGGAUUGAAGUAUUACAAUGAGAAUUAUGAGAGGUUGGUGAAGAUAAAGAGCAAGGUUGAUCCUCAUAAUUUCUUUAGGAAUGAACAAAGCAUUCCUACCCUCCCAUCUCAGAGGAAAUAAUAUAAUGAAACUAACAAAUCAGCCUGCCUGGCCUUUCCGAUGGGUUCAAGUGUUUUUAUACAACUUUUAGUUAUAGUUUAAUUGUUGUUUCUAAUUAAAAUAAGUCAAGA